ACUGAAUCUUCUUCCAGCCAGCCACCCCCAUCAUGUACGACGUGAUUGUCGUCGGUGCCGGCUUCAGCGGCCUCCAAGCCGCCUACUCCGCCCAGCAAGCCGGUCUCUCAACGCUCGUUCUCGAAGCCCGCGACCGCGUCGGCGGCAAGGUCUGGAGCGUGCCGCUGGCCUCCGGGCGGGGCUGCGUCGAGCUCGGCGCCGCCUGGAUCAACGACACCCUGCAGCCCCGGGUGUGGGCGUAUGCGCAGCGGUUUGGGAUGAAGGUCGUCCAGCAGCGGCUGGCGGGCCAGGCGGUGAUGGAGCCGAGCGAAGAGGAGCGGUUUCUCUUUCCGUUCGGCGUGACGCCGGAGUUCAGCGAAGCAGAGAAGAAGAGCCUGGAGUAUGUCCGCGACCACAUCCAGGCCGAAUCGCUCAAAUCGGGGCCCGUCUCCGCCGAGGAUGAUAGCACCACGCUGGAGGAGUACGUGCGCAACCUCGGGGCUCUGCCCAAAGUCAUCCAGAUGGUGAACCUGUGGGCGCAGGUGAUGCACGGGGUCGAGGCCAGCGAGGAGUCGGCGGGGUGGUUCAUCGACUACUGUCGUCGGAACCGGGGGUUGUUGGCUGUCCGGGCGGACGAUGCGUCGGGGGGACAGUAUUUGCGCUUUCAGGAUGGUCCCCCACUAACCUCAGCAACCCGCAAAGGCGCCCAAACCAUCGCCACCCGCCUCGCAGCCCUAAUCGGCCACCAAAACAUCCACCUGUCGACCCCCGUCCACGCCAUCCACGACCACUCCUCCCACGUCACCGUCACUACCUCCACCACCAAGUCCUACACAACCCGCAAGCUCAUCCUCUCCCUCCCCAGCACCAUGUACAAGGAACUCACCAUCACACCCCCCUUACCCCCGGCCGUCCGCACCGUCACGGACGCCACGGUGCUCGGCGACUACAACAAGGCCAUCAUCUGCUACAACACCCCCUGGUGGCGGGCCCAGAACUUCAACGGGUAUUUUGCCAGCUACGCGGGGCCCGUCAUCUUGGCGCGGGACACCUCCGUCGACGAGAAGCGGCACUUCUCGCUGACGUGCUUCGUGAACGGGGCCCCGGGGAGGGCGUGGAGCCGGCUGCUGCCGCACGAGCGGCGGGCGGCGGUGCUGAAGCAGCUGGCCCGGGUCUUUGGGCAAGACGCAAACUCAGACGUGUGGCGGCCGAUCGAGAUGUUCGAUCAGAUCUGGCAGCAUGAGCGGUAUAGUCGGGGCGCGUUGGCGCCGAUCACGGCGCCGGGGCAUUUGACGCAGUACGAAGAGGUGUAUGGGAGGGCGGUGGGUAAUGUGCAUUUCGUGGGGACGGAGUAUAGCCAAGUGUGGAAGGGGUAUAUGGAGGGGGCGCUGUGGUCUGGGGAGAAGGGGGCGGAGGAGGUGGUUCGGGCGCUGGGGGGGAAGGGGAGGGGGUGGGCGGUGUUGUAG